CAAUAAAACGUCUGAGGAUCAUAUUCAGUGCAGGUCUGGUCGUGUCGCGGUAUAUCGUUGAAUGUUUACACGUUCAGUAACCGGCAUUACAUCUUUUGUUCUACAUCUUACUAAACUUAUAACUGAUACCCGUAAAAACUAAAAAUUAUUAAUAAAUUGACUAAUAAUGAGUGUUCGUUCACCAAAUAAAUUAUUGCCAAAGCCACUGAAUCAUCCUAAAGUAAAACUAAAAAACUUAAAGUGCAUUCAUUGUAACACGAAUUUUUUCGUCCGAGAUUUGAAUUCCAUAAAAGGAUCGCAGAGUCCAGUUUUGAUGGGAUGCGGGCACACAAUAUGCGCCCAUUGUUCGAGAGAAAAAAAACCAUGUCCUUCUUGUCAAUCUUCGGAUGAAUUUUCCGCUAAGCAGGCUGGCGAUGAUCCUAGUGAUGGCCCACAAUUUCCUUUGAACAUCUACGUCAUGGGAAUGAUGGCUGUUAACAAAUCGAGACCUGUUGGGUUCAAGUACAGAGACAGUCCAGAUUUUUCAUUUAAAAAAUCAUUCAAAGCUCAAGUUAAUGAUGCCAGCAAUCCAGAUCGUUGUCAUGAAUGCAAUGACGUCGCUUCGUCUAAAUGCUUGGGAUGUUUUAAUGCAUUUUUUUGUUGCAAUUGUUUUACUCAGAUACACCGACAUAAGAUAAAUCAAAGCCAUACAAAAGUUAUGAUCGAUGGACCAAAAAUAAAAACAGAGUCAUUACAAAUAACAUGCCCAGUACAUCCCCCAAAUCGGUUGAAAGAAUGGUGCAGCGACUGCAAGGAGUCUUGUUGCAACGACUGUAUCGUCGACAAACAUCGUACACAUUCGGCUGUGUCUUUUGAAUACAUCAAUAAAAUGCAGGAGCGAGAAUUCCAAGAUGUCUAUAGAAAAGUCGGGAAGAUGAUGGCGGAAGUACAGGAGGCGAAAAUGAAACUCAAAAAGGCGCUGACGGCCAUCGAUGAAAUUAAUAAUACGACAAACGUUGAGGCCGAGAUUAAUAGGCAUUUUGUUUUCCUACAUGGCGCAUUGCAAAUUAUUGAGGAACGCGUGAUAAAUGGAAUACACAAGGAGAGUUCUAGAGCUAAAAAUGCUGUACUGGAGAUUGAUAAAAAUUUACAGUCACUUGAUCAACAGUUGCAGUCUGCUAUCCUGAUGGCAGUAGAAGCCAAAGAGUAUUCGAAAAAUAUGAACCACCAAGUAGUCAUCGAAAAGUUGAGAAAACUUUUAUCUUAUCCCUGUCAUCUUGUUGAACACGAUGCUGCUGAACCGCAAAAAAUAUCAUUUUACACAAACACUGAACUGAUUGUCGAGGCGAUAAGGAAACACUGCAACGUCAUGAUUCCAUCAUCUGUUGAUGCAUACAAAUUGGUACCUCUUUCCGAAGUUGAUAAUACUCUCAAUAUCAAUGGCUUCGUCUAUUCUGAUGAUGUCCCAAAACUAUUCCAUGACCAAGCUGAUGAUUCUCCAGAAUUAUCUCCAUCUUCCUCGAUAGUAUCUGACAUAUCUAGAGCACAGUCUCCAGUGAUACAGUCAGAGACAGAAGACUCGGUGAUUGAUUCGGAAAUAUCGGCGAUUAAUUCAACAGUUGAUUCAUCGGCAGCUUCAAUGGCCAGUUUCCGCCAGACUGAAAGACAAAUAAGAAAUGGAACACAAGUGGAGAUAACGUAUAUUAAAAACCCGAAAUGUUUUUACGCGCGUUUGAAAAGUAAUGAAGAUAAAUUUAAACAGUUACAAAAAUUUAUGAAGAAAUAUGAUGAAAUUGAUGGGAUUGUACCGAAAGAUGUUCAUGAAGGUAGUUUAUACGUCAUAAGACGUAACAAAGAGCCCCGAUGGUAUCGCGGGCGUAUUCUUGAAGCACAAUUAGACCCCCCGUGCUUCUACCCAAUUUUCGAAGUCUUUGCAAUUGAUUACGGCUUCACUGACAAAAAAGUUUCCAUCGCUAAUAUACGACUGCUGUAUGAAAAUUUAUCUGACAUCCCGCCUCUGGUUAAUCAGCACUCGCUGUAUGACAUCGAGCCGUUUGACGGCACGUGGUCCGAAGAGUGCGCUCUUCAUAUGGAAGAAAUAAUUCAAUCAGCUGACAAUUUGCCGACACUCUACAUGACUAAAUUUGGCUGCGAAGAUUUAAUAAUACCAGUAAGUCCAACUACAUUUCCACUGUCGCUGCGCGAUGCUCUGAUAUUUCUGGGUUACGGUAAAUUCCUCUCUACUGAAAAGUUAUUCAGAAUAAAUCCAAAAGCUUCCAAUGCAUUUCAUCACGAAAUUUUGGCAACUGAUCAGUACUUUGACGCAGUUUAUUUGAAUUCUUAUUCACCUGAUUGUAUUUACGUACGUAAAGCUUCGCACAACGAAAAAUAUUUCCAAAAUAUGGUAGAAAUAAUGACUGAAGAUUACAAAAGUACUAAAAAAAUCAAAGGACUCAUCUACAGUCCAGAGACUGGAAUGCAUGUUGCGGCUCCGCACAACAAAUUGUGGUACCGCGGCAUCGUAGUAGACAUCGUCGGUAUCAGGACUAUCCAAGUCUUGCUGGUGGACCUCGGGGUAAAUGUCAUUCUGGACUACACCAAAAUCCGCCGUCUUGAUUCCCGAUACACUCAAUCCACAAUACGGGCUAUCAAACUCCGGCUAAAAGAUGUCACGGCGAUCGAUCCGACAGAAGACUGGCCGCUAGAAGCGAAUACCGGGAUCGUAAAGUUUAUGAACUCCGGCAACAUUCGUGUGGUUGUCUAUGAAAAAAAUGUAUUUGACAACUUUCCCGAAUAUUCAGCCUCGAUAAUCAACAAACAACGACUAUCACUUGUCCACUAUCUGGAACAUCUGAGUCUUGUCAAGCGCACUGCACCUGCCGGGAUGCUGGAAAAAAUGGAGAGCUACUUCAAAGAGAUUGGCGACAAGACUACUAAAGCUAGUAAAAAUAAAAAAAAGAAAUCACAUGAUAAGACUGAUAAAAAAAUUAACUCGGCUUCAAAUCUGUCCUCGAUGACAAACAAGUCUGGACAGAAGCUUCGCAAUCAUGUCAGAGAGGAAGAUCCCUACAAAAUGAGCGUAAAAAUAACUUUGGUACAGUCACCAGACGAGAUUUAUAUCACGCCUGCGGACAUGGAGUUCUGUAUCGAUGACAUCCACAAGCAAAUGCAGUUUUUCUAUAACAAUCAUCAUACAGACGAUCAAAUUGAACUGGUAGAAGACACCGUCUGCGUGGUCUUCGACGAGCACCUGAAAUUGUACUUCAGAGCCAAGAUUGUCAAAAUAAAAUCCCUCUCUGAGGUGAUGGUUUUCCUCCUAGACGUGGGAGAGACUAUGACAGUGUCCUCAGACAAGCUCAAGACUCUAGCGGAUUCGCUGUACGAAAUACCGGCUUACGUUGUUAAAGUAAAGCUGGGAGGAAUUUUACCUUGCGGAGGAUCAUCGUCGUGGCCUUUGGCCUCUAUCCAGGCGCUGCGGGAGAUCUUGGAACGAAACGGGGAGUUCUGGAUCAGCAAAGUCGGUGAAAUUGAGACAGACGCGAUCGUCGUGGACAUGUACAUCCGGGAGGCGGUCAGUGAAAGCGCACUAGGACCCACUGUCAUGGAAACAAAUCUAGUUAACCGGAUGCUGGUUGAUCUAGGUCUCGCUUUGCCUGUAAAAGGUUUCAAUAACCAGAAACUGAAGGUACUCGCUGCGGAGCUGCAGCACGAGAUCACUGCGAGCAACGAUUUCGCCGGGUCUUCACGUGCCGAGAGUGAGACCAAUGACGAUGACAAGGAUCUUGAUGAUGAUGAUGAAGAUGAAGAGAUCGAGGACACCAAGUCUGAGGACAGCGACAAGACCAUCCAAGAAGAUCCAGAAGACCCAGAGUUCCUGGACCCGCCUUUCAAUAUGUCCGAGUCAUUACCCAAAGACAUUCCUAAAUGGAAGGAAGCAGUGUCUAUUGAUACCCCAGAUCCUUUCUUCGCGAAGGUGACUUACAUUGACUGGGACGGCUAUCUCUAUCUCCACUCUGUCGAAAAGAGUGAAUACCAGUUGCAGUGGAUCGAGAAGACCCUCGACGCCCAGUACUCAAACUCUCAGCCAUCUGACGUAGUCUGGAGUCCAGGCGACAUGUGCAUCACCCAGUUCAUGGGAGUCUGGUCUCGUGCUGUGGUCCAUCGCGUUGACAAAAAAAUAGCCGUCGAGUAUAUAGACUACGGCAACAUGGACUGGCAGGAUCCAAAGCUGCUCCGCAAGGAACUGAUGCUCGAGAACAUUCCCCGGCAAGCGACUCGCUGCAGAGUCUACGACAUGGUUCCCAAUACUCCAUCUGAAAUGUGGCGCAGAGAAGACCUCCAGAAAUUACACGCUUUGCUAGUAGACAAAGUCUGCAGGGUAACAAUUGUCGCUAGCUCACCUGAGUUUUUAAUUACCGUUGAUUUACUGCAGCCGGAGGAGUGCCAUCUUGCAAGAUACGUCCAGGAAAAAGGUCUCAUUACUUUAAAGAGAGUUUUGAUGGAGAAUCUUGACGAGGACUUGGCUGGUGAAGAACAAGUUAGAAUUUGCAGAGUAGCAAAUGGAGUUGGAAGUAUCAAGACGAAUGUCAAUGGCAAUGGCAACUGCAGUGACGUAGAUUUCAGUUCUGACAACGGCUCUGACAUAGACGUCGUCAUCUUGGAAGACCUAGACAACGAAACGACGGAAAUAGACGACGAUGAAGAAUCCUGUGUCGCAGAUUCGAAUCUAGGAUCAAAGUCAUCAAGAUUCUCUUGCACUAUUGAAGAACUUGCACUUCAUGGUCUACCUCGGGAGAAUCUUAUCACCACCGAUGGUCUGCAGCGGUACCCCAGGUACAUUUUCCCUUCAGACUUAAAAGUCUUCAAUGCGGCACUCGGUCACGUCGACGCUUCGCAACCCAAUAUCGUGUACCUGCACCCAGCUAAGAAUAGUGACUGCAAGCUGCUGAAGUUCCUGAGUUCCAAGUACUCUAAAUUGAGACAUGUGAUGGGAACCGAUGGAUACAAAUGCCCCGAGAUGCAGUUCUAUGACGUAGGGGAUCCUUGCAUCGCUAUUUACUCAAAGGACAAUGACUGGUACCGCUGCACGAUUCUCACCGAGCCCAUCAGCGAUGGGUCAAUCCAGGUCGAGUACGUAGACUGGGGCACCGUAGACUGGGUUCGCGCUGACGAGAUACGUCAGAUCCAUCCCGACUGGAUCUCGCUUCCGAUCAUGGCGAUUAAAUGCAGACUCUGGAACACUCUGCCCACUAAAAAGUCAGCAUUUUGCAGAGAGUGGCUUACCAAAGACUCUGACCACAUUACCCAAGUGGUCCGCGUCAAAGGACGAGAGAAUGAUCAUUUAGUGGUCCAACUUUACCAAAAAUUCGGUGAUGACCAACCGCCUGCUGAUACUCUUUUCUAUCAGCCGCUUAUUGACGGCGAGUAUUUCAAAGCCAACGUCAAAGACUUCUACUAAUUUUCUUACAGCUUACAUUUAUUUUUUUAAUUUACUAAUAAUUAAUAAUCAUUUACUGAUACUCAUUAUCUACUCAUUAGUACAGCCAAUUAAAAAAAAAUGACAAAAAUUUAUUUAAACGCUUGCUGCGCAGUCGUUAAUUCGACCGCCGAAUUUGAAAGUUUAAAAAAUUUUAUUUUCAUUUAAAGUUUGAAUAUUUUAUUUUUCUUCAUUAAAGUUUGUAAUGAAAGUUUAAAUUUUUUGUUUUUAAAUAUUUACGCGGUUGAUUUAAAGUUUAAAUAAAAGUAUUUUUCUACCAAAUAUUAGUGUAGAUUAAUAAUUAAUAAAUAAAUAAAUAUAUUCUUUUUUUAUUAUCUAAUAAUUAUGUUAAAUACUUGUCAGUUUAUAAUUAAAAGUUGCUCUUAAUUAAUUAUUUAAAUUUUUUU